UCCGAGUGACCCAGUUCUACGACAAGACAACCAACGAGCUUUCAGAAUGUCUGGUCUCACCAAAGCCAAACAGUACGACUGGAAAGAUUCGAACCUGGCCCUCUUUGGAUCAGACUUGGAAAGACAAGUGAAAAAGGAGUCGGCGCAGACAGAACCAGCGUGGAAGAAUGCCGGGCAGAAAGUGGGGCUACAGAUAUGGAGAAUUGUGACUCCUGGAGGGCGGGGCAGAGAGCGGGUUCCGACAGGUCAAGCCGGAGGAGUAUGUCCCACGUCUGCUGCACUUCCACGGGGACAGGUCUGGGGUGACCGUCAAGCAGGACGUGUUUAUCUUGGACACCAAGCUAGAAGUGUUUGUCUGGAUUGGCAAAAAGACCUCGCACAACGAGAAGAAGAACGCCAUGGCCUACGCUCAUAAAUACCUGCAGGAGUCGGACCACCCCCUGGUGUCGGUCAGUUGUCUCCCGGAGGGCCGAGUGGUCAAGGCCUUCGAGUCUGCCCUGGCCGCCUAACUCUCUACAGGGGGAGACAGAUCAGUGGAGAUGUAGCAGUGGACAGGGAACCAUCUCGUUGGAAGAAAAGACCCCCCCCCCUUCCAAAAAAACCCCAACAACAACCCAUCUUGCUAAAUGAUGAAUCAUCUGACUUAAGGGAAAUACAUCUCCUAUGACAAUGUCUUAGAAAGAGAAAAGACACUAAAUAUUUUACAUCUGACUCAAAAGAAAUACUUCUGAUAUGGCAACAUCUCAGAAAGAUAAAACAUCUAACUUAAAGGAAA